ACCUUCCUUUCGUUUACUUUUAGUUUUGAUGGGUUUCCCACCUACUCCUUUACUCACAAGCUUUAGCAGUGUAUUUUGAAGGGUAAGUUCUGGUCGCAUCCCUUACCGAGUCUUAUGGGCAUCUGGACCUUCGUGGGGCAGGUGCAUUCAAAGCCCACCAUUUUUGACCAAAGCCCAGCUGCCAUUUGCUGGAGUGUAAUCAUAAUUUUCUCCCUCGCGUCCAGUAUGAUUUCAUCAUCUAAUGUCAGGGUUUGCCCUAACUUUUUUUUAUUAAUCCCUACCUAACCUGCCUACAGUUCAUGUCAACCUAAUACAAGAUAUUGAAGUACAAUUUCCAUUCCAAAGGGAAAAAUAGGUGCAACUACUACUCUAUUGACUAGAUCUCAAGAAAGUAGUUUCCGGUAUCUUUCGUGCAUUCAGGGCCAUCCUUUUCCCACGUGCCCACCGGGACUGGCUUACACUAUAUCUAAUUGUCAUUGGGGAGCCCUGAAAAUCAGUUGCAGUGCAGAUGCUAUCUGUUGCUUCAACUCUUUUAAUUGGGCUCUUAUUUUUAUGAUUUUUUCAGAGAAACUCAAGUGCAGUUCGAGUUGUGGGUAUUGGAUUCUUGAGCGAUCCAAAACAUCCAAUUGCAGGAAGAGGGUAGAUACAGUUUUGGCAUUUUCUUAAGCUUUUCUGAAUUCGAUCAAUUGCAGUGACAGAGCAUCCAUGGAUGUAUUGAGAUUGGAGUCCUGUAGUACAAGAAAUCUACAACCAUGUUGCAAUUCAGGGUUGCAGAAUCCUGGGAGGAUUUCGAAAGGAUCUGUGUGGCCUACCGGCACUUGGAAAUAUCAGCAGCAACAGACCCUCGCAUGUUCUGUUCGGCCAUUGAAGUUCAGGAGACCUUCACAUCAAUCGAGAUUGCACACAUUUUCAAUCUUUUGUUCUUCUUACAAUGGGGGAUGCACUGUUUCUGAAACAGACACAUGCAGUAACGAGGAGGCAUUAGAUCUGAAGAAAAAAGCAGAAGAGAUUUCUUUUGGCAUGGAUGGGAAGAGCAUAUUUCUUGUUGGGAUGAUGGGUAGUGGAAAAACCACUGUGGGAAAAAUUUUGUCUGAAGCUUUGGGAUAUUAUUUCUUUGACAGUGAUCGCCUGAUUGAGGAAGCUGCAGGUGGAACACCUGUAGCACAAAUUUUUAAAGAGAAGAAUGAAGAAUUCUUCAGGGAUGCCGAGAGCAAAGUUUUGAGCGAGUUAUCUACAAUGCAUCGUCUGGUCGUUGCCACUGGAGGUGGUGCUGUAGUUCGACCUGAAAAUUGGAGCUAUUUGAAUCAAGGAGUCACUGUUUGGCUGGAUGUGCCCUUGGAGGCUCUGGCCAAACGAGUAGUGGCAGUUGGGACUGAAUCACGACCCCUUCUAGGACAAGGUUCAGUGGAUCCAUAUACUCAGGCUUUCGCAAAACUCACUGAACUUAUUGAGAAACGAGGUGAAGCAUAUGGCAAUUCUAAUGCAAAAGUAUCACUACAAAAAAUUGCAGCAGAACUUGGUUCUAUUGAUGUCUCUGAUCUUACUCCCACAACUAUUACAAUUGAGGUUCUUAAGGAGAUCGGAAUUUUCCUGAGAUGCAGAAAUAAGCUGCAUAUGAAUGGAGUAGCUAAUGCUCAAUCCAACAGUUACAAGUACAUGAGAAAAUUGUAGUUUUGUGAUGUACUCCAAUAAAUCAAUUGUAUUUUUGGAAGUCUUCCUUGCCCAAGAUAAGUGAAUGGCUUCAAUUCUUUUUUUCUUAAGCCCCUUUAUAUGUAGCUCACAUGGGCAUCCACUUAUCUCAAAAAAUACAUGGUGGAUGUGGACCAUGUUUGCCCUAUUCUUUGGAUUCUAUAUUCCUUUGUAUAUAUUAUUAAGGUGAAGUUUGAUAAUUAUUUUCGGAACUUUCUUUUUA